AUGAGGAGUGUAACGUUGCUCUGUGCUGAAAAACGAAUGAAAGGCAAGAAGACGAAUACCAGGAUUAUCGCUGAGCGUAAGGUGAUGCCAGGGCAGCCGUGGGAAGGUUACAAGCUAAGCCCUAAAUUAGAGGACGAUGAGAAAACAUUGCCUACUAUUGUUACGAGCGCUGGAGGUGCUGGAAAACCGGCGGAAUUCGAUGUGAGUUUUUUCUCACCCUUCCUCUUCCCUUCUUUUGUCUUCUCCCCUACGUUCUUCAACUCCUCACUGCACACACAAAAGUGGAAGAUUAUGAUUACGCAACCUAAAAAAUGUUCAAAAUCCUUUUAA